UCUAUCAGUCCCAAAGCAAGAGCCAGGUGCAAGGCAAGUGCUAGAGAUUUCCUAUUAGAUCUUAUACUUGCUGAAAAGAUAACCGAUAACGCGAAAAGGAAUAUAAGAUACUUAAAGAUUAACUCGUUUGAAGACCUAUAUUCGUGCUUAAGACAAAACGUGUCAGCUCCAACCACCGUUAGCAAUUGCAAAGAUAAACUGAAAAAUUUAAAACAAGGAAUGACAGAAACCGUACAAUCUUUCAAUUCUAGAUUCCGACAACAACUCAACGAACUAAAUUACGCAGUCCAAAACGAAAACCGCACGCUGGUUGAACGACGCGUAGCCAUGGACAUCGAAGAACGCGAAGCACUAAAAACGUAUUUACUCAAUUUACGGCACGAAAUAGGACAGAUAGUAGGAGCUAACGAUCAAAAAAACCUGAACCUCGCCCAACAAUUAGCAGCCGACAAAGAACAAUGGUUACGAGAAUCAAAUCGUGUUGCCCACCGUCAGAAUCGAUCAAAGAAUGAAUCUAAUAACACUCCGCCCGUACCUAAACGAAGUGCUAUCGAUCUACAACCACGAGGUUUUAGCCAACCGUCAGAUAGCCGAAUGAAAUUAAAAUGUUGCAAGUGCAAGGACACACAGCCAAGGUGUGCUACUCUCGAAAUUUUCCAUUAGGCAACCAAAGAAAAAUCCCAUCUCGAGCAGACCAAACAGCGGAGAAUCCAGAGGAAACAUUCCAAGAGUCAACUGGAAAAUUAUUAUCAAUCUCAUUGCGACGAAAAGACAGAAGAAGAGCCAGAUUUCUCAUUGAUACCGAAGCAGAAAUAAACCUAAUAAAAAGGAAAGCUUCACUGAAACGUCAAAACCUCCAGCCCAAAGACUUUCCUAACACGUUGACUGCUACGCCUGUUUUCAAAAAAAUCUCCGUCAGGCCACGCGUGCAGCAGUACCAAGCGUUCUCUGCACGGUGCUCCCAUCGAUAUUUUAGUAAUGCGAGUAGCUCAAGCGGUGGUCUCAAGAAUGAUCUCUCGUUUCGUUUGUUCGCAACAUUAAAACCACUAGCUGUUGUCGAAUAUAAUGAAGGAAAGUGUGGUAUAGAUUAUUCCGACCAAAUGGUUUCUUAUGCCACCACAAUUAGAAAAGGAAUCAGAUGGUACAGAAAACUUGGCGUUCAACUCCUUCUGGGAAUUUCUGUUGUAAACGCUUUGACGAUUUACAAAAUUGCAACAAGGAAGAACAUAAAUACUAGAAUAUUUGGAGAAUUAUUAGUUGCAAAAUUAUUAGGGUUGUCUGAAAAUACAAGAAAUCCUUGUCUUCGACGGAGUCAGCAUAAUUAUAAUCGCCGUUCGGAAAAAUGAUUGCGGAAGAAGCAUCAGACGCGCAUGCAAACUAUGUUAUGCAAAUAAAAGACGUCGAAUGGACCGAACAAAGGCACGAAAGAAUUUGCAAAAAACAACAACUUAUUGACCAAAUUAUC